CAUUUGGCGCCUGCGAGAAUGGUCUGUCGCCCGAACCAUCGCAGUCGCAAUCAUGGAUUGAUUCUUCCAAUCCUCAGGGUGCGUCUUCUUUGAUAGUUUCUACUCUAUGUUUUAUGUACCCACGCCCUACAGCCCCUCGAAAUACGAAACAAGUCCGACCCCCAUAGCCAUUCAUGCGCAACCUUGGGCUGGUCCCUAAUUUACCCGUGCUGUUCGCAAUCUGAUAGGGUCCUCUACGUCGCCGCGCGCUGGAAUUGGAUCUGCCCUAUCUUGAUCCAUAUGAUACUCCACCUUCCCAUCUUGCACAUCUCGCUUCUCUGUUGCUAUAUACCCAGAACCAGUGGUCUUGAUAAUUAGAGUGUUGUUUGUUGCCCGUUGUUUCUUGCUCAAGAUGGAAACUCCCUUCCCCAACGUGAUGAACCAGCCUGUCCCACCGGACCGGACUGAAUUGGGGCCUCCUCCGCCCAUGGUCAUCCAACAGUACGCAAGGUAUCCUCCGGCCGUGGAGCCUGGUUUACAUAGCGCUUCUUCCAUAGGCAGUGCUCGCAGUCGGAUAGCUACCUCCAAGUCCCCCCCUCUCCAUCGCAAAGCUACUCCGCGCAGUCUACAGGCAUCGCCAACCGGCCCACGGCCGGUCGUGCCUCCUGCUCCCGUAGCGCGCCCCGGGCCCUCAAUGUCUCCCCCAGUGUACGAUCCUCUGCGCCAGCGCCCUCCACGAGAAUCAAUAGACCAAACAGAUACCAGAGCUCUGCCAUCUCGUGAUCUCACAGAUAGCACCAUUGAUGAUGCUUAUAUCAUGUUCAUCUUCUACUGCAACCCUAACGUCCCUCUAGCUGUGGACACGUCUGAGCUGCGCAAGACCUUCAGGUGCCCUCCCCGGAGUGACGGCAAGAGCUUUAGUGUCUUUGCGCUGUGGGAGCUCAUCAAAAAGCUUGACAGCAAGGAACUGAAGACAUGGAUUCAGUUGGCGAUUGAGCUGGGGGUUGAACCACCUUCUAUGGAAAAGAAGCAAAGCACGCAAAAGGUCCAGCAAUAUGCUGUCCGUCUCAAGCGAUGGAUGCGAGCAAUGCAUGUUGAUGCCUUCUUUGAAUACUGCCUCGGCCAUCACCAUCCAUACUACACUUUACUUCCGCCUCACAACGUGAUCAGUGAUAGCCGAGAUGGAGUGCCACUCGAAGAGGAUCUUGCGCUACGGGCGCUGGUCCCCCAGUGGAAGCCAAAACGAGGACGAAGGCGGACCGAUGAUCCAAAUAUGGUUGGCGAGCAUUCAGCUAAAAGACCACAGCUGGAUACCUCGGUGGGCAUCCUGCCGGCAGGCCCUUACCCUGGUCAGCCACCCCCGUUCCCAUCAAGCGCUAUUCCGUUUAGCGCCUUCUCCGAGGAGAUAGAGUCUCAUGAUCCGUGGAUGGGCACCGCACCUGCGUAUUCGCAAGAAGGGUCUUCUGAGGUCCAGGCUCCACAGCCUGGUCAGGAUAUGAGGUGGCGGCCCAUAGAACAACGGGAUGCGUCUCCAGCUGGUAUUCCGCACUCCGCGAUAAUCCCAAGAAUUCAGCAUCAGUCUGAAAUAUUCAUUCAGCCUGCAGAGCCACGAUCAGCCCUUACACCAACUUCGGGUGAAAAGCCACGCCCCAAACGGCGCCAUGGGCCCGCAGUGUCAUCCGCUUGGCCUAGCAAUAAUGGAAGCAAUGGGAAGACUCGGGGCCGGCCACCAAAUAGGGGCAUGGUAUCGGGUCCCUUUUCUUCUUUCCCAGUGAAUCCCAACCGCCCAGAUCCAUCCCAACUGCAUAGUUCGGGUAUGAGACCGUCCCCUGCGACCAUACUCGAGCAAGACCCUUCCAAUCGGUUCAGCCACUCCCAAUACCAACAGUCUCCUACACCGUUUCCCUUCGGACCCAGACCAAACAAGCUGCAACUCCAAGUUCCACAACACCCUGGUGCGCCGGUCCGUCUUGCGACCCCUCCCACGCUGAUGGUCAAUGGCAUCAAUAACGCUUCGACCUCUUUGAAGGUGGAGGGAAGUCAACGCAAUGGCACUUUGGCGCCUUUGAAUGACUUUGUCGCCAACGUGGGUGUCACGAAUCCAUCAUCUUAUGCCAACCGCACCAGCGUUCCCCACAUGGACAUCACAUUCGACGACGUAGUGCGCGUGUUAUCUGGCGAGCUACUUCGCGGGAAAUUGACCGGUCGGCCAGCUCCCCUCAGCGCUGAAGAGGCUCGUUCUUUGGCAGUAUCCGUCAUGUCAAACCUGACGACAACAUAUGCCAAGCUACCGGCCGGGCUAGCGGCUCUUAUGUCAGCCUUUCAUCUUGGCCUUGGACAGCAGUUUGGCUAUCCUGGUGUCACAGACAGUUUGAUGACUGUGAGUGUUGAUGCUGUCCCUGCCGUUACCUCGGACAUGCCAAGUGUUGAUGCAAGCGCCAACUUUGUCUACACUAUCUCCCAUGAGUACAAACACGGACGUCGGUUCUCGACCAAGGUCACAUAUGGAGACCUUAGCGUCAGCAAGACGGACAGUAACAAGCUUGAAAUUACACCGAGGGCGACCGAGGAGCUAGAUACCAGUGUUGCAGAAGUCGACAGUUUGACCGAUGCUGAAUUCGAGAUGGAUGGGGCAGAAAGUACCAUGUCCGAAACGACAUGGAAACAGCGAUACCUGAAGCUCCGGUCGCAGAUGCAGAGAAAGGAGCGUUCAUUGUCUCAAUACAAACGGAAGAUACUCGAGUCUGUCAUGGCAGACAUUUAGGAGAAUAAGGGGUUCAGGAGCGCGGGAUGACUGUUUGUCGAAAGCACAUAACUUAUGGCGAUACCCUAUCCUAUAUGUCUAUAGAUUUCUGAGUUGCUUUGAUAUUAUUUUGUUGCACUUGCAAGUUUGGCUCUCUGAUUGCUGAAGCCAGAUGGCGCUUCAGCUGUGAGUUUCGGUUCGGUCUUCCUUACAGAUACCCCCUGAGCGAACUUGUUCGACCUGCUUUCACGCAUGCUAGGUAGUAUAGAAUUACUGCAUUGAUGCCAGUCACUGCAACACUUAAUCAUGAUCUGCAUUUUUGCUGCUUAGCUAGCCUACUAUUGCAUUGUC